AUUAGCAUAGAAUUCGCACAGAUCCACCUGCAUUUGCGCGCAAGUUAGCCAAAAUCACCACUGCCAUCAUCAUCAUCUUCUCCUUCUGUUUUCCACCUGCGUUAAAAGAGUAUUAAAAUGCAGCAAUAGUUGUGAUUGUGAUAGCUGUUGCCGCCUAAUAAUUGGGUUGGCGCUACCUCCUCCUCCUCCUUCAUUUCUUUUUAGUAGUACUCUUAUACCUAAUUUUUCCAAUUUUCUCCCUUUUCUAUAAACUAAUGAAAUUAAACAACUAGACGCAAACAAAAAAGUUUGUUUUCAUCCGCGGGGUUGGUAGUUGUGUGUUCAUUUGCGUUGAAUUUAGCUUCAGAUCUGUUAGCGGCAGAGAGAGAAGUGGAAAUGGUGGAGCAUAGUCUCUUUUUGGCUUCGCCUUUUAACAACACAUGUAAAGGAGACAGUGAGAGAAGGAGCCUUGAUGCUGCUGCGCUUUUUCCUUUUUAGCUGUGAAAGCUAAUAUUCUCUACCUUGCUUCUUCUUCAGGACUGUAAAGCUCAACCCUUUAAAACAUUAUUUUUUCCAAGGGUUUCUUUUGCCUUUUCUCCUUUGCUCUGUUUGCCUUCUGCACAUUGUUGAGUGGUGGUGGUGGUGGGAAGAAAUCUUAGAAAGGGAAGCGUUUAAUCAGUGGUGAAAAUGAUGACUGCUGCGUUUGGGAGUGAUUCCAUCAGUUUCCAUACAAGCAAUACUUGUAAUACUCUGCUCAAAGAACUUCAGCAACUAUGGACUGAAAUUGGGGAGACUCAAUCUGAUAAAGACCGCAUGUUAAUGGAGCUCGAAAGAGAGUGUUUGGAGGUAUACAGAAGAAAGGUUGAUGAGGCCGCAAAUGCCAAGGCUUGCCUUCAUCAAUCUAUUGCUUCCCUGGAAGCUGAGGUUGCAAUGCUUAUUGCAACUCUCGGGGAAAUCAACAUUAAUUCGCCGGUGCAGUCUGACAAGAAAGCCCAAUCUUUGAAAGGGAAACUAGCCUCAGUCAGACCGUUAGCGGAAGACCUAAAACUAAAGAAGGAGGAAAGGAUGAAACAAUUUGCAGAUAUCAAGUCACAAAUUGAGAAAAUUAGCGGCGAGAUCUCUGGUUAUGGCAGUACUGCCAGUUCCAUAAGUGCCUUGACUAUGGAAGAGCAAGACUUGUCAGUGAGAAAACUCACGGAACAUCAAUCAAAACUUCGUGUUCUUCAGAAAGAGAAGUCUGAGCGUCUCCAGAAAGUCAUGGAUUAUGUUAACGAAGUCCAUACUUUGUGUGGUGUCCUCAGUAUAGAUUUUAGCCAAACUGUGAGUGAUAUUCACCCAAGCUUGCAUGGUUCAAGUAUGGGGCUUGUUACGAAUAUCAGCGACAGCACAUUGGAGGGACUUGAUCAAGCUGUCCUUAAGUUGAAAACAGAGAAAAAGUUCCGUCUUCAAAAGUUGAAAGAUGUUUCUGGGUCUCUCUUUGAACUCUGGAACUUGAUGGACACAUCGAAAGAAGACAAGGCUAGCUUACUGAGAAUUACUUCUGUCCUUGGUUUGUCAGAAUCAGAAAUUGUGCAACCAGGCGCUCUUUCGCCGGAGAUAGUUCAGCAGGUAUCGGCAGAGGUUGAGAGGCUCACAAAACUAAAAACAAGUAGGUUGAAGGAACUUGUGCUGAAGAAGAGGUCGGAGUUGGAAGAUAUUUGUUGUAAAAUUCAUAUUCAACCAGAUCAAAGCACAGCUGCUGAAAAAACCAGUGCAUUGAUUGAUUCAGGCUUGGUGGAUCCAAGUGAGCUCUUAGCUAACAUCGAGGCACAAAUAUGUAAAGUCAAAGACGAAGCUUUAAGCCGCAAAGAAAUAAUGGAAAAGAUAGACCGGUGGCUUUCUGCAUGUGAUGAGGAAAAGUGGCUUGAAGAUUAUAACCUUGAUCACAAUCGUUACAGUGCUGGAAGAGGUGCACAUAUAAACCUUAAGCGCGCAGAGCGAGCCAGGAUCAUGAUAAAUAAGAUUCCAGGUGUGGUUGACAAUCUAAUUAGCAGGACUCUUGCAUGGGAGAAGGAGAAACAGAAACUGUUUCUUUAUGAUGGAGUGCGUUUGGUGUCAAUUUUGGAGGACUACAAACAAGCCAGACGACUCAAGGAAGAGGAGAAGAAGAGAGCUCGGGAUCAGAAGAAACUGCAAGAUAUGCUACAUACUGAGAUAGAAUCUAUAUAUGGGUCUAAGCCAAGUCCCAGGAGAAGCAACAGCUUCAGGAAUCAAAACGGUCAUCGAGCAUAUGGGAAUGGAUCGGUGACACCCUCGCCUCGUCGCAACUCAGUUGGUGCUGCAACUCCCGAGCUCCUUACACCACGUUCAUAUUCAGGACGCCAGAACGGCUAUUUCAAGGAAAUGAGAAGGCUCUCCACUGCACCUCUGAACUUUGUUGCUAUACCCAAAGAAGAUACCAUCUCAUUUUCCUCUAUUGGUGGCUCAGAGCCCGAGUCCCCUCCUCAAGUCUGAAAUGAUGCGGUGGAAUCGACAGAGGCUUGUCAAUAUAGGUGAUGCACACCAUCGUUUUAGCGUGUAUUUAACUUGCUUCUUGCUGAUUUAUGGAAGUGUGGGGUAGCAUAGUAUAGUGUUGCUUAUUAUAGGAAAUAGCUAAUUGCAAAUACUAGUGUAUUGUGCUGUCGAAUUAGGAGGGAGUUUUAUGUUAUUGGCGUUGGUUUGCUUGUAUAUAGGGCUUGCGGUUGUGGCCAGAGUUUUAUUUUUUUUAGAGUAAUCUGCUGAUAAAGAUGUUUGCGUUUUUGGAUUAUUGGUGUUUGCUUGGAAAGGUUAAAAAAUGCAAUUGCUCUAAA